AUGGAGGAUACCAUGCCGGAGCCGCUCAUUGUCAAAAAGCGCUCUUGUCGCGGAUUCAGUUCGGUGUCCACCUCGUCCUAUCCGUCGAUUCCUCGCCGGCAGUCCUCGCUUUCUGCGAGCGCAAGCUACGAUUCCAAUGGCCCGGCAACGUCGACACGGACGCCAUCUCUCAGCGAUAGUCUCUAUCAGAUCGAUGUGACCAAAGUCCGAAAGGCCGGUGCAGGUCUUCAGAAUGGGUUCAAGAGCGGUCAUGACGCGUUGGAAGACCCAUUCGUGGAUCAAGGCCUCCAAUCCAAAAUCGCGGCCUGUGAGAAACGCAAAGCUCUGGGCAAAUUCCGAGCCAUCCCCCAAGUACUUGUGCGCUGGAGUUCCGGGUCCUGGGACUCGAUAGAUCCGUGUCUCUCGUCACGCUCAUCAACCAAGGAAUUUCUCAAUACAAAAUUCCCCACACUCGUAGUUCAGGAUUCUUGUCCACCGAGUUUGGUCCAGUCUCUAUCAGACACCCAGCAACAACCAGGUUCCCAGUACUUGAGUCCAAUGGAUCUUCCCAUCUCGUUUGCCAAUCUGCGAGCAGCUCCAAAUAGCCCGAGCAUCGGCAUGAAUCCCCUGUCUAUAUGGACAACAGUCGAGGUUCUAGCUGAUAUCAGUUCGAUUUCGCUCCCAGACUCUUCAACCCUCGCCCCACUUGACUUGAUAGCCCUUGGGGUCUCAGCCAUAGCGUCGAGCCUAGUAUAUAACCACGACAGGAUCGCCUUGGCAUGCGUUGACGGGAGUUCCAAAAGCGGUUUCGAGAUCCUGCUCCCUCUGGGAUUUCACCAUUUCGAAACGUCCCAGUCUGCGCUGAAUAUAUUUGCGUCUCGUCAUGUAUCAAACAAAAGGAGAGGGUCUCCAGAUUUGGAGUUUGCCAUCAGCCAGGUCUCUCAGCUCUUUUGCCACUCUCCGCGACCUGCCUUCUGUCAUUUAGUAUUCCUUUCUUCCACCCCCCAGGGUCAUUGUUCAAUGCCUGGGAUUGACAGAUCUAUCGGCUUUCACACCAUCACUCCUCAGACUUGUUCUCCGCUGGGAAAAACAUCCCACCCACCUGGCUGGCAUAUUUUCUACGAAAUCACCUCAGAUGAUGCGCCUCCCAGGGAUAUCUAUCUCAGCCAAAAAGUCUCAAAGGCCAUUCGACAACUUCGGACCGGAAUCAAUCCUGGAGCCAUCUCUGACUUGAACCUUUCUGUCAUACCUGGUCAUGGGUGUCAAGUUCAAUCAGUAUUGGGAGAUUGUCAGCUCACACAUCUGCGACCAGGAGAAAGCUGGGUCGUCCCGGUUCAAAUCGGUAUACCGGCCGCUGACUUGCAGCGCUCUCGUCUGGCUGGAUGUCAAAAAACCGACCAAGAUCAUCAUCCCAUAAUCCGGGCUUUACUCAACCAAGUCAACACACUCUUGAAUGAGCAUUCCUCAAUGGAGAUUGGUCAGCACGUCUUGACAGCGCACCUCGAGUAUAAACACUCCUUCUUGCCAGAACCCAGCGCUGUUCACCUGGAAGCUGAUUGCACUAUUCUUCGACACGCGGACCGUACCUUGGGUGCAUCAUGGAAUGUUGGAAAAACAUUGACUACCGAGGCUGACGAAGAAGAUGAUUGUUCGAGUAUCAGUCUUGGAUCUUCGAUUGAAACUCCCUCCAGUCUAUCUUGA